GGACGAAAAAAAUGAGACCACAAAUUCAAUAGACUUACACGGGUAGAGAAAUCUCCAUCAUCAUAACGUUUAUGUUCAGGUUCUAUCCAUCCGAUUGUUUCCACUCUUCUUCUCAGACACAGACAUUUCUCUGUAAUAAUAGAGAAAAUAACAUACACGCUUCUACACAAAGUUGAUAGAAGUAUUCUUGUUGACAAGUCUGGUAUUUGAUCCUUCUUUUCCUAAUUAUAAUUGUAUUUGUCUCUGGUGCUUCUUCUUCUUCCUUCUGUCCUGCAUCCUUUUAUUUUUUCCACUCAAUUCAUGAGGAGCUUGACAUGGCAAAAUUUGAGAAAUAAACAGCUACGAUGAUCAUGCACUGCAAAGGAGACAACAACGAUCCCAGUCCGAGAGAUCCCAUGCACCAUGGAUGACAAGCUACCUGGGUCUCUCGGUACAAGCACCAGCUUGUCUCUGCGAUUGGGACAGCUUCUUGGUAACAGCCAUGGGUUUGGUAAUUCCAUGGAGUUUCACAUUGGCAAUGGUGGAUGGAUACGCAGUCAUUAUGGGCUUCCCUUUUCGUCAACCAGGAAUUCUAUUGGUCAUAAUUGUAGGAGAUUGGGUACUGUCAUUACUCUCAUUAGCAGCAGCUUGUGCAGCAAAUGGUGUUAUCAGUUUCCUUCUUGACAGAGGUGGAGUUUACAACCUGCCAAAUAUUGGUGGUAGAUAUCAACUGUCUGUUGCAAUGGCCUUCUUCUCUUGGUUUCUCUCUGCGGUUUCCUUGUUGUUCAACCUUUGGCUGCUCCCAUCCCUGUGAUUCACAUCCUGCUCUUCAAGUAGGCACUAUUUGAAGAAUUAGAAAAUGUGCUGAUCGUAUACUAAUAGUGUUCAGGUCAAUUAUCUGAAGCUAAAGCUAUUCUUCCAUGAAGGAACUGCAAGUGGGUGAAAUAGUUACUUCAAAGUUCUUAUAAUUUGUACAGAAAUAACCGAAAAAUAUGACAAGAAUGAAAAUCAACUCUUUGUGACAAUCAUGAUGUGCCAUCUCUCAAUUGGUGAGAAUUUGAGUAUUGGUAUGCCCUCUUGGGCAUCUCACUUCUGAAAAAAGGCUUUAAAUGGUCAAUAUUCAAUUAUCAUCAGUUGCAAAGUUCUUACAAUUUGUACAGAAAUAACCGAAAAAUAUGACAAGAAUGAAAAUCAACUCUUUGUGACAAUCAUGAUGUGCCAUCUCUCAAUUGGUGAGAAUUUGAGUAUUGGUAUGCCCUCUUGGGCAUCUCACUUCUGAAAAAAGGCUUUAAAUGG